ACAGAGCAAGCACUCAGGUACCUCUCUCAUGCCUGACUCGACCCAAGAGGAUUAUGAAGAGACUUGCUUCAUGCGUUUUCUUUAUUGUUUUUUAUUGCAGUUUGGCUUUGCCAACAACGACAGAGCCGAAGAAAGAAUGUUUAAGGGGGAAGGUCAUCACGUUCCCAGAGGUGACCACCCACAACUGGGUGAAGCUCCACCCAAACAAAUCCAUGGACCUGUCAGCAGUCACCGUGUGUUUGCGAUUCUACACUGAUCAAAUAAGUUUUGAGCCAUGUUUUUUUUCCCUGGCUACUGUAGAAGACUUUUCUUUACGUUGGUCAAGUGCCAGCAUAUGGUACAAGAUGACUAUUCAUGACAGCGUGGUUCAAUUCAGGUUGACGUUUAACACGAAUCAGUGGAUGUCAGUGUGUGCGACCUGGGAUGCCAACAGUGGUCUUGCACAGAUGUUUAUGAACGACGUAGCCAGCAUUAAGAAGGUAGUGGGCCGUAAAGUACCUUUUAAAGGAAACCCUGUCAUCACACUCGGCCAGUGUCAGACAAAAUAUGAUGGAGGGUUCCAACAAUACAAUACCUUCAGAGGUUUCAUAGCAGAUGUGCACGUACAUGGAAAAGUCCUGACCGCCCGUCAGAUUAAGACCUACAUGGAGACAAAGACCAAAUACAAACUUGGUGAUUACAUUAACUGGCACAAUCUGACGUACACCAUUGCUGGGUCUGCACAAGUGGAAGAAAAGGAUCAUGUAACAUUCUAUAGCAAAGAAGAGCCGCAAUAGUGCUCUAUUGUACUGAACCGUUGUUGUAAUGUCAUGCGAAAUAAAUAAACAUCUUCAC